UGCCCCUCCUACCAACGCCAAGUUGUCAUCAAUGGAGAACUUCCAGAACAGUACAUUCAAAAGAAUGGUGAGGGUGGAGUCUUGGAUGUUCCACUGCUGGAGGUUCCGGUUGUCGAUCUCACAUCUUUGACCAGCCAAGAAGAGCUGCAGAAACUUCGUUCUGCUUUAAGCUCAUUGGGCUGCUUUCAGGCAAUAAACCAUGGGAUAACACAUUCGUUCCUUGAAGAAGUUCGUGAAAUUGCAAAGGAAUUUUUUGCACUUCCAAUGGAAGAGAAGCGAAAAUACUCAAGGGAAGUUGAUGGCAUUGAUGGGUACGGAAAUGACAUAAUCCUUUCAGAGCAACAAAGACUUGAUUGGAGUGAUCGUUUGUAUCUUACUCUAAAUCCAGAAGACCAGCGAAGGCUUAAGUAUUGGCCUGAAACUCCCCAAGCUUUCAGAGAUAUAUUCUACACGAUUAUACUGUCAAGAUGGAAAUGAUGACUGAAGUAGUCCUAAAGGCCAUGGCACGUCGCUGAACUUAGAGGACAACUGCUUUUUAGAGCAGUGUGGAAAACGAGCGACAAUGACAGCAAGAUUCAACUUCUAUCUAAAAUGUCCAAGGCCAGAUCUUGUUCGUGGGGUCAAAACACAUUCAGAUGCAUCAGCAAUCACCAUUCUCUCUUGCAAGACAAAGAAGUGGAAGGUCUUCAAUUCCAGAAAGACAAUCAAUGGUGUAGAGUUCCAAUCAUUCCAGAGGCUCUUUUCAUUAAUGUUGGUGAUCAAGUGGAGAUAAUGAGUAACGGAAUAUUCAAGAGCCCAGUACACAGAGUAGUGACAAACUCAGAAAGGGAGAGGAUGUCUUUGGCAGUGUUCUAUAUUCCAGAACCAGAAAAAGAGAUUGGACCGGAUGAUAGGCUGGUCAAUGAGUCAUAGCCAAGAUUAUACAAGAAGAUGAAGAAUUAUGUUGAUAUCUACUUCCAGAGCUACCAGCUUGGGAACAGAGUAAUUGAUGCUGCAAAAAUUUAAUUUUUCUUAUCAUAAUCUCUUGUGGUUUGGAUGCAAAGAAGACGACAUUGUGUUUUGCCAUUUUAUUUAUGAACCCUUUUGGGCAAUAAAUGAUAGAAACAAUGGAUGAAGAGUAAUAUUUGAUGAUGAUUUUGAUACUUUUCAAGGUUAUAUAUAAAACAGAUCCAUGCGAUUUACCAUAAA